ACAGAGGCUACGAUCAAGACAGAAGAGCUGCACGUAAUGGAGGAGCUAGACAAGAGAUUCUGGGAGAGAGCAUCUUCAUACCAUCAACAGCAACCAGCGUCACAGCAGAAUGCGUCCCAAACUGUUGCACCGCCCUCAACGGUGAAUCCCUCGGACACAUCGUUGUCUCAGCCAUCGUCCCAACAGCACCAGCAACACCCCGGAGGUCCCUUCCAAACCAUCCUUCGACUACACGAUGAGCUUCCUUCCGGCGCACAGACCGCCCCUAAGGCGUCGCGCAAGCGAAAAACGCCGCCAACAACUCAGGAAGCACAGCCCCCGCCACCUCCAGCUGGCAUGCACCCUCUACCCUCAGGUGUGAUGCCGCCGCCGCCGCCGCACUCCUUGAUGCACCCUCCGCACCUGGGUCCGCCUCCAGGGAUGCCGUACACGUACAUACCUCAUGGCGAUUACACUCCUGGAGGCAUGUCGCAUCCCCCACCACCCCCGCCACCACCAACCGGUGCACCACCCUCCGAACAGAAUCCUCAGCAGCUGCCGCCCUUGCCGCCUAAUAGACAGCUGAGCACAAGUAAGCGAGCAGAACAGAAUCGGAAGGCACAGCGCGCUUUCAGGGAAAGGAGGGACCAACACGUGAAGGCAUUGGAGUCGCGAUCACAGCUUCUCGACGCUGCACUCGCGUCGGCAGACGAGGCGAAUCGGAGAUGGGAAGACUGUCGGCAGCUUGUAGACCAGUUACGCAUUGAGAACUCCGCGCUGCGUGCUGCCCUCGCUCAAGCACAGAUGAUGAACCCGGGCUCUGUGCCCCCACCCCCGCCCGUGCUCCCCGAUCAACAGCCUCCACCCACACGACCCAACGAGUCUUUGGCGCCGCAACCGCCGCAACCACAGUCUACCAAUAAUGGAGGCGAGGAGGGUGCCAAAGAGGACUCGAGUACUUCGAAACCGUCGUGAUAAUCAUUCGCGUUGUGUUGCUUGCCCUUUCCCCGGUCGGCACGUUGAGAGGUACUAUUCGGUGGAGGGGUAGUCGGGAUGUUUAUACUGUAAUAUGCGUGUUCAACGUUCCAACUUUC